GACCCGCUCUCGCCCGUCAAUCUUCAUCUCCAAAUUUCUUCACUUUCUCUCUCUCUCUCUCCUUCCGCCGCUCUGGUUCCUUCUUUCUCUCUCAUCAAGCACCAAAAUCCGCAGUAGAGAGAGAAACAAUGGCGAAAUUGGUGGAGUUGUUGGACGUAGGAGUGAGAAUGGCGGCCAGAUUUCACGCUCACUGUCCUCAAACGGCGCGCCUCUAUUAUCAUCCUCCCUCCGAUCACGACGACCAACACCAUUACUUGCACCAGAUUCUGCACGCCUACGACGGCGGCGGCCACUCGACGGCGCACCAGGUGUCGGGCUGUGGAAUCGAGACGGCGGCUAGGGCUAGGGCCAGGAGUUUUGAUACUGAGAUCGUGUUCCACACGGCGGAUUUUUGAUGAAAAUGAAGAGGAUACUGGAUUUGAAUUUCAGCGGGGGUUAUUUACCGAGUAAUUUUUUCUUUUGUUUUGUUUUUUUUUUGUUGGUUUGCAUGCCAUUACACAUGCAAAGCGAUUGGUGAAACUGUUAUAUAUACAAUUGUUAUACACUCAUUUCAAAAAAGAUCAUAAAGUUCAUUGAGCAUUA